AUGGCGUUCGAAAAACAAGCAACAUUCAUCCGAGGAGGACCGAUUUGCGGCAUCGGUCCUGGGUUGGGUCCUCCGGGAAUCCAGCAGCCAACACAAUGGGACAUUCCGUCUUCAUCGCCAACGGAAACCGGCUUUUCAGAAUCGCAACGCCAGCGGAACCUCAAAAGCUCGCUCACCUUGUUCGGGUUAUUCAUCAUCUUCGUCGGAAUCGUUAUUGAGCUCGUGGUCCUGGGAUUCUUCCUCUUCUUAUGGAUUGGCCAUGGCUCUUCCUCGGAUGGCCGACAUGGGAGUCCUUUCUGGCGAACUAUUAUGCUUAGGGGCUGGUUCGAGCAGACCAUUACUAUCCUAUGCGUCGUAUUACAAGUCCUGGUUGCUGCCCAGUCAACCAUUUGCACUAGCUUGGUAGCAGCGCUGCUCCUCGAGGGUUUCAAAGUCCCCUUCAAGGAUGUUGCUCACUUCUCUAUCAUGCGAGCCGUCAAUGGAGGACCACUGAGUGUAGUGACACACCUCUUCGCGUGGACGAGGUAUUCUUUUCGAAGCUGGCCGAGCUUUCUGAUCAUGAUACUCCUCCUGGAGACCCUUGUUGUCCAGUUCUCAUCGACUAUUCUCCUCGUGGACGAAGGUACAGGCUCAGUCCUUUCCUGGCAGACGCAUCCACAAGUCCCUGUCGUGGAAACACAGAGUUCCCUCAUCGCCUACGCCGAGUACUGGCACACUCCUUUUACCGAUGGUUAUCCAUCUUUCGCCGAAUCGCGGAUAGGAGACCAGCGUUCCGAUGAGGGUCUUGACGACACUGGAACCAUUCAACGAGCGAUACUCCCAUUCAAUGGAGAUGACAGGAAAAGGCUUCGACAGUAUCAGGGGCCGAUGGCCGUGCAGACGUCUCGUACAACGUGCGUGCGCCCGACAUUCAUCAAUGCAACGUUCCUCGGCGACAAUGGUAUGAUGACAAAGGGCGAGCAGUGGCGACCAUGGAUUUCCGCCAACCUCACUAUCCCACCAGAACUUUACGACAACGGCAUUAUCACUGGUUCUCCUUGUAAGGAUUCCAAUUCCUCAUGUUCCUCCUUUCCGAUUGGAUGCGAGCUUCCAGGAUGGGGAUCAUCAUCGGGGCUUGAGACCACGGGCCCGUCGAUGAACGGACCGCAAGUCUCAACCGCAAUAUGUAUGAUCAAUGGGACCAACCAAGUCGACAACGGCAAUGUCUAUAAACCGGAGACCGUCAUCAUGUCCCUCGUUCUAAACGCUACCGGAUACACUCGCGAUAUCCGGCAUUAUAUCGGCGAAGGACUCCCCGAACCAACCUCGACUGACGAAUGGACAAGUUACCAGCUCGGCAAUAGUUCUUUCGACGUCACCAUGUGCUUGACCACGCUGAACGUGACGAUUCAGCAUGCCUACGCCGAAAGCUCGGUGGAUCUGAAAGAGCCUUCCAUGAGCCUCAACACGAAGACAGCCCAAUGGCAAUACGGUGACGUGCUUGCACAGAUGGGUGUCACCAAUGCAUCGAACGAGGACCGCGGCAUCAUGACUCUGGUGAACUCGACUCAGUACACCAAGACCGAACUGCAGGAUAUCUACAACAACAGCGCCUACUUCAGCGCAGACGUAGACAUAAACUACUACGUCAACGACUUCACCUACCUCCUUGUGGCGGGUCUGACAAACCUUCCCGCAUUCCAAGGAAGUGAGACGGAGAAAUACCCAACAAACUACACGAUCGCCACCUGCCUGGAUUGCACCAUCCUGUUGAACGCACUCCUACCCAACGAGUACUACAAAGUCCUAUUUAACGGUAUCGUCAACACCACCGGCCACGCCGCUGCCGCCAUUGACUCGACGCUGACCUGGAUCGUGCAAAACCAAUAUUACAAAGCCCUCCCGUCGUUCGACUUCGGCGACGGCGCCACCGCCACCUUCUCGAAGCAAGCUUCGGUGCCCGUCCGCUUCGCCGGCUUCGCCACCAUCGUCGCGCUGAUGCUGAUCCACAUCGCGUCGGUCCUCGCCAUCGUGGCGCUGUUCUGGCGGAGGGCGCGGUUCAGCAUCGUCGGCAACGCGUGGCACACCAUCGCGCAGCUCCUGUCGCCCGAGACGCAGGACAUGCUUCACGGGGCCACGGAGCUGACGGACGACGAGUUCAUGCAGCAGCUGAAGACGCGGGGGUUAGGGCGCGUGGACUCGGGGCUGGAGAGGUGGGAAAGUCACGGUACCAACCGCGUCACGGUGGCGCGGAAACCGUCGGUGGCUCAGGGGCUGGGCGCCACGGUGGAGGAGGACAUGGGCGGAGACCACCCAGAGUUGAGAUGGUAA